AUGAUGUUCUUAUUUUCAACACUGGGCAUUGCUGGGAUUCCACAUCUUAAGUGGUUCAGUGUGGAGGGGCAGUACAAUGUCAUGGUGAUUGAUCUGCUUGGUCCAAGUCUGAAGGGCUUAUUUAACUACUGCAGCAGAAAGUUCUCACUUAAAACAGUACUAAUGCUUGCUGAUCAGAUUUAUACUGCAACAUUCCAGAGGCUUGAGUCUAGGCCAAACAACCCAGCUCAAGGGGUUGCUCCACUGGGAUCCACUAAUCCAAGUGUCAACAUAAAUGACAAUUCACUCAAUCUUGUUUCUAGAUCACCUCUAUAUGAUACCAAUCCUAGAUAUGCCCGUGUGCAAAGAGAGGGAUUAGUCUCCAGGCAUGAGAAAUCCAUAAAUCUUGCACAAGAAGAGUCACUAGCCCUUAGACGAAAUGCCAGCAGCUCUGGUAUUGAACAUUUAGCUGCUCAGAAGAAACGCAACAGCACUGAAAAUGAGGGUGAAUAUAAGGUCCAUCGAUCUGAAUCAACUAAGAGUUUGUCUACAAAAGCUUAUAGUAGCAGCUAUGCUGUUGUCGCUUCAGAAGAUGAGGAUGUCUGCCCUACUUGCCUGGAAGAAUACACGCCAGACAAUCCAAAAAUAAUAACCAAGUGCUGUCACCAUUUUCAUCUUGGUUGUAUUUAUGAAUGGAUGGAGAGAAGUGAUACAUGCCCAAUUUGUGGUAAGGAAAUGGAGUUUUGCGAGAGCCCAUGAUAGCCUUUCGGUUUACAUGAUCUCACAUGAAGUCUGAGCUGCAGGAAAUGGAGUUCUGUGAGAACCAAUGAUAGCCUUUCGAUUUACAUGAUCUCAGAUGGGAGCAAGGGAAACAUUCUACAGGGUACAAUAGAAUGCUAGAGAAUUGUAAAUAAUAGUUCCUUAUGCAUGCGAUGUCCAAAUAGAUCUCUUUCUCGAGAUUAGUUUCUUACAUGUACUGAGAUGGUUAUCUGUCUUACUAAAUUCAUGCUAGAAUUUGCUUGGCCAGUCUUUGUUAUAUUUGCAAAUGGUAGCUCAUAGAUGGAAGCACAACUCAUGGAUGAAAGAAUAUAUUAACCU